AUGGCUACCACUAAUGGAGAAGUCGUAAUGGGUGAUAUGGACUACGACGGCCGGGUUAUCAUCUACAUUAUCAAAGCCGACCAAACUUCUUAUAUCAACUAUAUGAAGCCCCUCAUUCUGGCAGAAGAGCUGCAGUUCCCGCAUGUCCUUUCUGUCAUCGACACCCGCGAUGAAUGGUUCUACAGCAUCCAUCCAGAGAGAUACGUUCCCAGUCUCAAGGACCAAGAUCCAGUCACCAAGGAGAAAGUCAUUGUCUUUGAAAGCACCGCUUGUCUGCAGUACCUAACCGAUCGUUUUGACACUGAUGGUUUCUGGACUGGUCGCACCGCCGCUGAAAAGGGGGCCAUCUUAUCAUGGACAGCAUAUCAGACUGCCGCCCUAGGGUAUGCUCCCAUUACCACGGCUAUCAUUAUUUCUAUCAUUCCCACAACUAAUAACGGCGCAGUCCCACGGCCAAGUACUGGCUUUACUUCAAGAAAGGGUAUCCCACUAGGGCUAAUCCAAUUGAACUCCCCCGUACAAUUGAGAAGUGAGCUGCAUGCAAAUACCAUUCGACAGUGGGAUAUCUUGGAAAAGAGGCUAAAAGAGCCAGGUCAGGACUACAUCGCGCUGAAAGACCGCCCAACAGUAGCAGAUUUGUCCUAUUUCCCGUUUGCGAUGCCUUGGAUGUUCAGCUUCUUUGGAGUAGACGUCAAGGACUGGCCACAUAUUCAACGCUGGGGAGAGCGGAUGCUGAGCAGGCCUGCAAUUAAACGAGUCUUGGAGCGUGCUCCUACUUUGGGACAUUAA